CGAAUUUGAAAAGGCGGCCCUGGAGAGGCGUGGGCGCCCCCCAGAAACUUCCAACUCGCACCCGGGCUCCGCUCGCUCGCCGGCUCGCUCGCUCUGCUCCCGGCGGGGGCCGCGGGUUCGGUCCGGCCGCGGGUGCGCUCCCGCCUGUCCUGCCGCCCGGGCUCCGGGUCCCCGCGGGCGGCCGCGCAAGAUGAAGCUGGCUCUCCUCCUGCCCUGGGCGUGCUGCUGCCUCUGCGGGUCGGCGCUGGCCACCGGCUUCCUGUACCCCUUCCCGGCCGCAGCCCUGCAGCAGCACGGCUACCCCGAGCCGGGCGCCGGCUCCCCCGGCAGCGGCUACGGGAGCCGCCGGCACUGGUGCCAUCACACGGUGACGCGGACGGUGUCCUGCCAGGUGCAGAAUGGCUCCGAGACCGUGGUCCAGCGCGUGUACCAGAGCUGCCGGUGGCCCGGGCCCUGUGCCAACCUUGUGAGUUACAGGACUCUGAUCAGACCCACAUACAAAGUGUCCUACCGCACGGUGACGGUGCUGGAGUGGAGAUGCUGUCCUGGCUUCACCGGGAGCAACUGUGAUGAGGAAUGCAUGAACUGUACCCGGCUCAGCGACAUGAGUGAGAGGCUAACCACGCUGGAGGCCAAGGUUCUCCUGCUGCAGGCGGCAGAGCAGCCCGCAGGCCCGGGCAAUGACCUGCCGGCCCCCCAGAGCACCCCACCACCCUGGAACGAGGACUUCCUCCCUGACGCCAUCCCCCUCGCCCACCCAGGGCCCCGAAGAAGAAGGCCCACGGGCCCCGCCGGGCCCCCGGGGCAGACGGGACCGCCAGGGCCUGCAGGUCCCCCAGGCUCCAAAGGUGACCGGGGCCAGGCAGGAGAGAAGGGCCCAGCAGGGCCUCCCGGCCUCUUGGGGCCGCCAGGACCCCGCGGGCUUCCUGGAGAGAUGGGGCGCCCGGGCCCCCCUGGCCCCCCCGGCCCAGCAGGCAGUCCAGGCUUCCCUCCGAACGGCCCCCAGGGUGUCCUCUACUCCCUGCAGUCGCCGACAGACAAGGACGAUGGACACUCACAGCUGGCCUCUGCUGCUGUGGACACCGUGCUGGCCGGCGUCCCAGGGCCCCGGGGCCCCCCUGGCCCUCCAGGUCCUCCUGGCCCACACGGUCCCCCAGGACCGCCGGGUGUACCUGGAUCCCAGGGCCUGGCCGGAGAGCGGGGCAUGAUGGGACCGGCUGGCGAGCCCGGCGGGAAGGGACAAGAAGAGGAGAAGGCGGCUGCAGAGAGUGAGGGGGUGCAGCAGCUGCGGGAGGCCCUGAAGAUCCUGGCAGAAAGGGUCCUCAUCCUGGAGCACAUGAUCGGGAUCCACGAUCCCCUGGCCUCCCCCGAGGGGGGCUCCGGCCAAGAUGCUGCCCUGAGAGCCAGCCUCAAGAUGAAGCGUGGGGGCUCCCCGCCCGCCGACGGUCCCCUCGCCGCCCUGCUCGGCCCCGACCCUGGGCAGAGGAGCGCUGGCCAGGCCAGCGGCGGGAAGUAAGAGGCCAGCUCUCCGGGACAAGCCCCCCCAGAGACCCAGCUCCGAGCCCUGCGUGGCCACCGGCUUCUGAAGACACCACGUGGUGGGACUGGGCUCCAGGCACCGAGGAUCCUGAGGGACGCUGGCUCCCGGGGCCUGGGGGCCUUGGGGACAGAUGGCAACUGCAGAGGCAGGGUCCAGAGGGCCCCGGCACCCUUGGCGGGGCCCUUUCCUGGUCCCUGCCCUCCCCCGCCCUCACUUUCUGCAGGAGACGGGCUCUGGGUGGGCUGGGCGGGGCACGAGAAUAAUCAUAAUACUCAUCAUUCACUGAGUCUGGGCCUGUCCGAGGGGCUUUCCCUACAUUGUCUCAUUUAACCCUUAGGAGGCAGGCUUGCUACCCCACUUGCCACGGGAGGACGGAGGCUCGGCCAGUGUAAAUAACGUGCCAAGGCCAGGGGACCAGGGACAGCCAGGGCAGGAUUUGAACCCAGGCCUCUCGGUUCCUUAACUCGGGACCCCGCCAGCUUCCUGUCUUCACAGAGAAACUCAGGGCAGGCGUGGGGCUGUGGGGAGGCUGGCCCGGCCCGCAGGGAAGGCAGGCAGGGUCCCGGGCCUCCUUCCUCAGCCUCCCCGUCCCUGGGCUUGGGGUCUGCUCCAGGGUCUGGCGGCGGCUGCUCUCAGAGGCCAGGGAGACCCUGAAUAAGCCCAUGACGCUCACAUGGACUUGGGGACAGUGAGAGAGGGGCACUGGGGGUGCAGGGGCCUUCAAACCAAACUGGCAGUCGCCCACCGCUGCCUCCCAGUCUCUCUGAGCCCACCCAGUCCAGCCCCCGAGCCGAGAGGAGGCAGUAUUUCCCGGGAACGUGCACCUGAGGAGGCCGUCACUUGCAGGCCUGCCCUCUCUGGGAACCUGUAGGGUUGGCCAUUUCCAGAUCGCACAGCAAGUCUAACGACCCUUUGACAAUCUAGAGGAAGGACAGCUGAGUCCCAGGCCCCAUCAGGAGAGACACUGCCUGCUGAGGGCUGUGGGCCCGGGGAAGGGAACUCAGUAGGUGGCCGGGGCCCGGGACCCCAGAGCAGCUCAGACCGCAGCCCUUAAGGCCUCUCGGGCCCUGGGUCCCCUGUGACCUGGACCAGCCCUGCUUCUCCUCUCUUGCCGGGCCGAGACCCAAAGAUCGUGGUGACACCCCAGGGCCUGUGUCCCCUCAGGGCAGGAGCCAUCUGUCCCCAGCGUCCUUGGUGCUCCCGGGAGGUUGUAGCCUGGUCCCACAGGCCCCGGUAACCUCUUCUUGCCCUCAAGGUCCCGAUGGCCCCUUGUGAGGCAGAACUGGCCUGGGGGCCCAGGUGUGGCAGU